AUGACGAGGAUGGAGACUAUGAACACAGAAGACAAGGACUCUGGGGUUGACGUGACAAGGAUCGAAAAACUGCGCCGAAUUGAAAAGAAGGCCAUCCAUGCGACUAACAUUGAAGACUGGGAGACUGUCGAAGCACGUUACAGUGAGAUGCUCCGGCUUGUAGACGGGUGGCUCGCACCGGGCGAUCCCAAUGUGCUGCUUAUACGAACCCAUCUCACCGAAGCAUUGACAAAUCAGGGCAAGAUUGACCAGGCGAUCGACAUUCACCAUGACCUGCUCGAUCGAAUAGAACCCGACACAGACGUCGAAAAGGCUAUCCUGAAUCAAGUUCUACAUCUCCAAAUCGCAGUCGUGGAAAUGCUUCUUCCCCGGAAUCGCGGCAAGGAUGCAUUGAACAUCCUCCAGAACGCACUCGAGGUGAGUGUAGAAGGCCUUGGCCGUAAACACGAAACUACCGACUCGAUACGAGAAAAUCACAGCCGUGUACUUGAGUGGGAGCGGAGGAACAUCCAGAAGCGGAUGGAUCGGUUGAAAGCAAAGGCAAACAGACGCGACAAGACUGUGCCCGUCACCGCAGCCACUGGAUCUCCGAUCUACAGCCCUCAGACGACCCCAGAGAUUCGACUCCCAUCUUCUACAGCUGAUACCUUUGACAACAAGGCCGUGGGCCUGGGAAUAUGCAUCGCAGGUGAUACAAGGCUCAACACGGAGCACCCGGACGUGCAGAAACUUAAACAGAGAACUGCCAAAGAACGACGUCUGCGAGGCUUCUGGGCCCCUCCAUCGACGGACUGGCGGGCGGACCAGGACGAAGACGGCCACGGAACAACCUGUGCGAUGGUUGCGCACAAGGUGGCGCCCAACGCCGACAUUUACAUUGCGCGCGUCUUCAAAGAUCGGAAACACGCCCUCGAGCACGCAGUGAACGACUGGCAAGUCGACAUCAUCAGCAUGUCGUUCGCCAUAUCGAAAAAUGACAAAAAGACCAAAGAGGCCAUGUCUGCCAAACUCGAAGAAAUCAAAGACAAGGUGUUGCUGUUCGCCGCCGCGUCCAAUUCAGGCCGGAACGACGGCAGAGCGUACCCGGCCAAGCGUCCGGAGGUGAUCGCGAUCCACGCCGCGCAUGGGGGAGGCGGCCCGUGGAAGAACAAUCCCUUGCCCUCCAGCGACGACGCCCACAAUUUCAGCACCCUGGGCAUGUACGUGGAAACGCCCUACACGGGACAAGCGACCAAGAGGGUAUCAGGCACGUCGGUCGCUUGCCCCGUCGCCGCCGGCAUCGCGGCGCUCGUUUUGGAAUUCUGCCGACAGCCACUCGUGACGAUCAAGAAACCCGAGAGAUUGAAGCACAAGAAGGGCAUGGAGGCCAUCUUCUCCCAGAUGUACAACCGGUUCGAAGCCUCCAAGGCCGGCAAAGAGGAGGAUUAUUUCUACCUGCGCCCGUGGAAGUUGAUGGUUGUCAAAGACACCGACGACGACACCGCCGCAGCGUGGCACCGGGUUGCCAGCCUCAUCAACGAAGCAUUUGGCGAGGAUUACUACUAA